UGGUGGAUAACUUCUGUGUUAAACACAGCUGCAAGCCACUCAGUGGGAGGUCAUCCACUGAAGGAGACACGUUGGACGGCCGUGAUUUGUGUACUACAGUGGAAAUGCUGUAAUCCGGAGACAAGCGCUCUCAGAAACUUUCUCACUCUAAAAGCGUCCACGCAGCCACGAUGUGGAAACCUGUGUGGGUAUCAAAAGGCCUCCUUGGCUCCGCGGGACCUCGCGCUGCUGCCGCCGCGGUCACCUGUCUGCUGGUGACCGGGAUGCUGGUAGUGACUGGCGGACACCCAAGCUGCAGAGUCCCGGAGAAGCUUCCAGCCGCGGGUACGAGCGGAAAAGUUUUCUCAGCGUAUUUCAGCAAACUGACCCGGGAGAGAAGAGCGGUGAGCGGCCCCCCGCGGAGCAGCGAUCCAACCGGUCCGGUGGAGCGUCUCUCCCCGGCUGAUCUGUUCAUAGCGGUGAAAACCACCGGCAGGUAUCACCGGCAGAGACUGGAGCUUCUUUUGGACACCUGGAUCUCCAGGAACAUGCCACAGACAUACGUGUUCACUGAUGGAGAGGAUGAGAAACUGAGGAAAAGAAUAGGAGCUCACCUGAUCAACACCAACUGCUCGCAGGCACACAAUCGUCAAGCGCUGUCCUGUAAAAUGUCUCUGGAGUAUGACGCUUUUAUCAGCUCUGGGAAGAAGUGGUUCUGUCACGUUGAUGAUGAUAACUACCUGAACACAGGCUCCCUGCUGAAACUCUUAUCUCAGUACAGCCACACACAGGACGUUUACAUUGGGCGGCCCAGCCUCGAGCGACCGAUAGAGGCCACGGAGAGGCCCGGCACUGACGAAAUGAAGCAAGUGCGUUUCUGGUUUGCCACCGGAGGAGCGGGGUUCUGUCUGAGCCGUGGCCUCUCCCUGAAGAUGAAACCUUGGGCAAGCGAUGGCACUUUCAUGACCACAGCUGAGCACAUCCGCCUCCCCGACGACUGCACGGUUGGUUACAUCGUGGAGGCGCUGCUCGGCGUGAGCCUCAUCCGCUCAGGGCUGUUUCACUCCCACCUGGAGAAUCUGGGACUGGUGUCAGACAUACACAACCAGGUCACGCUCAGCUAUGGCACAGUGGACAACAGCAGGAACACUGUUAACGUGAAAGGUCCGUUUACUAUAGAAGAAGAUCCCACCAGGUUUAGGUCUGUCCAUUGUCUGCUGUACCCAGACACUCCUUGGUGCCCCGGCCCCUGGCGACUUUAACACCCAUGUAGAGACAAAAGAGGGAGGAAGGGAUGGACCGAUGGGGGAGAAAACGUAAAUAUCUGCCGAGUCCCGCCGCUCCCGACUCCGGAGAAUGUCUCGAGGCAGUUGGGAGAUUUGUGUUUGCCUCUCUACAACUCAACUAGAAGGCGGGCUUUUUAGGACACUUGAACUCUGACCCCGUGUGUAAAAGUCACGUGUCUUUUACGUGGAAAACUGAUGGAGAUUGACAUUUAUUUUUUUAAUAUGUAGCUUAUUUCUUUCUUUCUUUUUU